UCCUCAAACGUACUGCUUUUACUUUGAAGUGGAGCCUUCUCUACUUCCCGCCCAACGGCCGUUAGCUGUCGGUCGCUUGACACGUAAAGGAAAGGGGUGAAGUUCCACAGCCUCCGACCAAAACAAGACUUUACAGCCCGUGGUGGACAACGACGCCUUGUUAUGAAUGGGACCUACCUCGUCUCACUUUGUGCUUUUCGACUCAAACGCCUUUUAAAACCGGAGGGUCCGUCGUCUACCCGGAAUCGGAGCCCCGGAGGAAAACACGGUUUCCCCCUGAAGAUCAAAAUGUACUGUCCCACACUGAGAAACGAAGAGGAUCUCUCAUAGCUGGAGGAAGAUCCCCUGCUCUGACUUUCCCUCCUCCUCUUCCUCUUGACCCUCCUGGGAUCAAUGACUGGACCGAACUCCCCAAGCCGGACCGGCACCUCCCCGGCCAAGCUGAGCAGGCACGGCCGGUCAAAGAGCACCAGCUCACACUGCCUCCUCCGCUGCAGCACCCAGGAGGAUUCCUCCGCCUCUCCGCCUAAUAACAGCUCCCGGUCCCCCGUGGAGGAAGAGGAGAAGGAUGGAGGGGUCCUCUUCUACGUUAACCGGACCGGCUUUCCCAUUGAGAGCGUCACCUGGGAGAGGAUGUGGUCCCAUGUGGCUGCCGUGCACCCUGAGGGCCAGGAGAUGGUGGACAGGAUACAAAACGCCGCAUACCUUCCCAAGCACCCCGUCCCCUCCGUCCCCACCUUCAAACCGUCCAUGUCCGUCCCAGACUGGCUGGUGGCCAUCCAGAACUACAUGAAGGCCCUGCAAUACAACCACACAGGAACACAGUUCUUUGAAAUCAAGAAGAGCCGUCCUCUGUGUGGGUUAAUGGAGACAGCGAGAGAGAUGAUCAGGGAGUCUCUGCCAAUCAAAUGCCUGGAAGCUGUCAUCCUGGGAAUCUACCUGACCAACGGCCUCACGUCUCUCGAGCGUUUCCCCAUCAGCUUUAAGACUCAGUUUUCGGGCCACUGCUUCCAUCAUGUCGUGCUGGGCGUCUACUGCAACGGGCGCUACGGAUCGCUGGGCAUGAGCCGCCGCCAGGACCUGAUGGACAAACCGCUGACCCACCGCACACUGGGAGAACUGGUGGCCGAGUUCGAGAGCUCCUACAAGAGAUACCAGCACACUCUGAAGAAGGUGAAGAUCGGCCUGUACGUGCCUCACGACCCUCACGUCUUCCAGCCAAUCGAAUGGAAGCAUCUGGUGCUGAACGCUGCCAGACUGGGAGCUCAGGAGAUGAGGAAGGAGCUGGAGAAACACGGUCGUGACAUGAGGAUGAAGAUCCUGAAAUCAUCCAGCGCUCAGUCACCAAUUAAAGAGCGGAGCCGGGGAAAAUCCUUAUCACCGCGGCGACGUCAGAGCAGUCCUCAACGACGCAUCACACACCGCAGAGACAAAUCACCGGCCUCGGUUGAGAGGAAACCUCCAGAGCUCAGCACUCUCAACGAUGGCUACCAGAUCCGCAUCUGAUCCCCUCCCUUCACCCCUCCCCCGGUCCCCUUCAGCCCCUCCCACAUCCACCAAGACGUCUCAACCGCCGCGACCCAAGAGUCUCCAACAGCCACCAGCCUUUUAGGAGAGGAGUCUCUGAACGCUCAAAUAAAAAUGAAAUAACAGGAAGAACGUCUGUGAGACUCUGAAGGUGUUUUUACCUGUUCAGCAGCAACAAUGUCAUCACACCUUCUGUUUUCACACUCACACACUUCAGUCCUGCAGCUGAAACUCCUCACGCUCUGAGGAGCAGGAGUUCAGGAGAGGAGCUGUUUGUUUCUCAUUUCAGAACAAAAGAAUCUAAACUCUGAGAGUCAUCGUGUCCUGACAACAUGUGACCAGGAACAGGAGUC